AUGGCAUCAUUAGCUGGUUAUAUUCAAAUCGCUAAUCGAAAUCUGGAUUAUAAUGGAGGUGCAUUCAUGUGUCGUAUGGUAUUAUUUUUUCUAUUUGCAUCAUUUGGAGUUUCCAUGAUGAAUUUAUGCUUAAUUGGUAUCGAUCGCUAUUUUAUCAUUAUUAAGCCACUAUCAUUAUUUUAUCGCAAUUAUAAGAUUUAUGUGCUUGUAUUAGGCGAAAUAGCAAUAUGGAUUAGUGCUGUAGCUACUAAUGCUCCCAUCUUAGAUUAUGUUUCCGUUCACCAUAGUGAUAAUUUACUCUGUGAUAUCCCAAAUAUUACUACAUCAGUUUCAGUCUACUUAGUAGCUCAUGCCACUAUAUCAUUUAUUAUCCCAACUAUAUUAAUAUUAUUAAUCUAUGGUCGUAUUAUAUCCUUUCAAAAAUCAUAUCAACGACCUGGAGAAAGUAUUAAAAAGCAAAUUGUAGCUGAACAAAUUAAAAAGAAGCGAUUUAUGAAAAUGUUAACUUGGAUAUCCGUGUCCUACGUGAUGAUUAGUUGGCCAUUCUUUGCUACAAUUUUCGGCAUGGCGGUUACUCAGCAAUCAACGUUGAUGAUUCGUGACAGUAAUAUUGUCCACUUUUUAUUUUCAUUUUUUAGUGUGACAAUAACAACAUCAAUUGUUAUUCUCAAUCCGUUUAUAUAUUUAAAGUUUGAUUUAAAUGUGAGGAACAGAUCAUUGGCUCUAAUUAGAAAAUUACAACCCUUUCACAAUUACAGCAGAAAACAUCGUUUAGUUCAUGUCACUUCUGCCGAACCUACCAAUUUGUUUUCUACCAGACUCUGA